CCCAGACGGCGUUUCCGCUUCCGCUCUUGGUCGAGGUGUCCCUUCUGUCACCAUCAGCUGCACAAUUGGAUCAUGAGCCCCUUGAGGGAACAGAACUGACUGAAUGGAAGAUCUCUGCCACCCCUUGCUGGGGGCCAUUUGAGUUGAGUGGGGAGUGAAGCGCUUUGGAUUUCUGAACGCCAGGUAGCCUAGCUGGAAGAAGAUGUUUGCCAAACUGAAAAAGAAGAUCGCCGAUGAGGCUGCAACUGCCCCACGGCCUGGAGGGCUGGCCAGGAUGCCCAGAUCGGUCAGCAAAGAAUCCGUCACGUCCGCAGGAGCAGAGUCGGGGGACGAUUUUCCAUCUGAUGGCAGCAGUUCCAGAGAAGACCUGUCAUCCCAACUGUACCGAAGAAAUGAACAAAUACGGAAACUAGAAGUUAAGCUAUCCGAUUACGCUGAACAGGUCCGAAACCUGCAGAAGAUCAAGGAGAAGCUUGAAAACGCGUUAGAGACACAUCAAGAUUCCUUUGUGAAGAAACUCCAGGAGCAGAACGAAACCCACCAGGCCAGCCUAGGCAAGAUGACGGAAGAGAUGAACCUGGCAUUGGAGAAGAAAGACCAGGAGUGGCGGGAAAAACUAUCCCGUCUGGAAAAGGAGAGGAGGCUUCUUUCGGCCCAGUUGCAAGAAAUAAGCGAGCAGAGUUUGAAUCUGUUCCAGAAGAGGGAUGAGAUCGAUGAGCUGGAAGGCUUCCAGCAACAGGAGCUUGCCAAAAUCAAGCACAUGGUGAGGAUUUCCUUCAGGUUGGGGCGCCUUGGGCUGAGUUUCCACCUUUUCUUCCGGGAUGUGGUUUGAUGGAGCUCUGGCUUC